GAGCCCCCAGGGGUGGAAGGGGUGGUCAGAAUCAGGCCCAGAGGCGCGCGGAGGACGGGGGCUGCUCUCCUGGGCGUCCCGGGCUGGGAGCCUCCGCGGAGCAGCUGCUGUCCCUGGUGCUGCCUGGAGGGGUCCAGCCGGGACUGGAGGGGAGGGGCGGGGUAGAAGGGCUGGGGUCUGGGGGGUAGUGUGGGUACUGGAGGGAAGGCAGCGGGAGGGGCCUCUUUCACUUUGGAUGGGAGCUGGACAACGUGCCUUUGGGCUGGAGGUGGGGUUGCAGGCCUCGGGGCGGAGCCUGGGUUAACCGCUUCUCUCUGCGGCUGGGCUGGGGGUGGGGCCGCUGGGGAGCCUCUCCCGCCUCAUCUUCCGUCCCUUCCAGUCCCUUUCGGGAGGGUGGCCGAGCCCUAUCCAGCCGUGCGCCUCGUCCUCUGCCGGAGGUGGGGAUGUUCCCCUUAGCUGGCUGAGGUUAGCAGCCCCAGGGUCCCCCUCCUGCGUCCCUAGUCCCCUGCGGUAUUAAUGGUGAUGUCUGGGGCUUCGCAGCCUGAUAGGCUUGGGGCGUGGAAACUGGCGGGCUGGAGGCCCCUCCCGCUCCCUCCUCUGCGGCACGCGCGGUGGACCGAGGGAGGAGGGGCAGAAAGGCCAGCUCCGGCCCCCGGGGUUUUCCGUCUGCUGAUGCCACGAGCAGCCUCUGCGCAGCCUGUUAGGGAUUCCCCGCUCCUGCAUGGAGCACUCUUGUUUCGCGCUGUGAACAUCAGGCUGAGCUGGGGGCGGGGCGUGGGAGGACGGCUGCCUCUGCAGCCCCUGCCAGGCUCCAUUGGGAAUCAUCCUGGUGCAGGAAGACGUCCCAUGUUCACCCGCUGCAGCGCCCGGGCCACGGUGUCCACAGAGGGGCCGAGGCCCCUCCACCUUCUUAGUGGCCACGCUCCUCAGAGCUGGCGGGGGUGUCAUGGGGGAGGGCGCGGUCGGGCUCCGCUCUUUGGGGUUGGCAGGGCAGGGGUGGCCUCUGCGGGGGCCGGGCAGGAUCUCCUUUCACCUCCUUCCCUGUGUCCCCGUGUGGCUGUCCCGAUAGGUGCCCACGGCCUGCGAGAGGAGCCCGAGUUCGUGACCGCGAGGGCCGGCGAGAGCGUGGUCCUGCGAUGCGACGUGGUCCACCCGGUGACGGGGCAGCCCCCGCCCUAUGUCGUCGAGUGGUUCAAGUUCGGGGUGCCCAUCCCCAUCUUCAUCAAGUUUGGCUACUACCCGCCCCAUGUGGACCCUGAGUAUGCAGGCCGCGCGAGCCUCCACGACAAGGCAUCCCUGCGGCUGGAGCAGGUGCGCGCCGAGGACCAGGGCUGGUACGAGUGCAAGGUGCUCCUGCUGGACCAGCAGUACGACACCUUCCACAACGGCAGCUGGGUGCACCUCACCAUCCACGCUCCUCCCACCUUUACAGAAACCCCCCCCCAGUACAUUGAGGCCAAGGAGGGCAGCAGCAUCACCAUGACCUGCACAGCUUUUGGGAACCCGAAGCCCAUCGUCACCUGGCUGAAGGAGGGGAUGCUGCUAGGUGCCAGCGGCAAGUACCAGGUGAGUGACGGCAGCCUGACGGUGACUUCGGUCAGUCGGGAGGACAGAGGUGCCUACACCUGUCGCGCGUACAGCAUCCAGGGGGAGGCCAUCCACACCACCCACCUGCUCGUCCAAGGACCUCCCUUCAUCGUCUCCCCUCCUGAGAACAUCACUGUCAACAUAUCCCAGGAUGCUCUGCUCACCUGCCGGGCAGAGGCCUAUCCCGGCAACCUUACCUACACCUGGUACUGGCAGGACGAGAAUGUCUACUUCCAGAAUGAUCUGAAGCUGAGGGUGCGGAUCCUGAUCGACGGGACCCUGAUUAUCUUCCGGGUGAAGCCUGAGGACGCGGGGAAGUAUACCUGCGUCCCCAGCAACAGCCUGGGACGCUCGCCCUCGGCCUCGGCGUACCUGACCGUGCAGUACCCAGCCCGCGUCCUCAACAUGCCCCCCGUGAUCUACGUGCCUGUGGGAAUUCAUGGCUACAUCCGCUGCCCUGUGGACGCAGAGCCACCGGCCACCGUGGUCAAGUGGAACAAGGACGGCCGCCCCCUGCAGGUUGAGAAGCAGAACCUGGGCUGGACCCUGAUGGAGGACGGCUCCAUCCGAAUCGAGGAGGCCACAGAGGAGGCUCUUGGCACUUACACCUGUGUGCCUUACAACACCCUGGGGACCAUGGGCCAGUCCUCCCCCGCGAGGCUCGUCCUGAAGGACCCCCCGUACUUUACGGUGCUACCAGGCUGGGAGUACAGGCAAGAGGCCGGCCGGGAGCUGGUCAUCCCCUGCGCCGCCGCCGGGGACCCCUUCCCUGUCAUCACGUGGAGGAAGGUAGGGAAGCCCAGCAGAAGCAAGCACAGCGCCCUGCCCGGCGGGAGCCUGCAGUUCCGCGCCCUGAGUAAGGAGGACCACGGGCAGUGGGAGUGCAGCGCCACCAAUGUGGUCACCAGCAUCACUGCCAGCACCCACCUGACUGUCGUCGGCACCAGCCCCCAUGCCCCGGGCAGUGUCCGGGUCCAGGUCUCCAUGACAACUGCCAACGUGUCCUGGGAGCCAGGCUACGAUGGAGGAUUUGAGCAGACAUUCUCUGUUUGGUACGGACCUCUGAUGAAGCGGGCACGGUUUGGGCCCCACGACUGGCUGUCCCUCCCUGUGCCUCCGGGACCCAGCUGGCUGCUGGUGGAUGCCCUGGAGCCCGAGACAGCAUACCAGUUCAGUGUCCUGGCCCAGAACAAGCUGGGCACCAGCGCCUUCAGUGAGGUGGUCACUGUGAACACUUUAGCAUUCCCUGUCACAACUCCAGAACCCCUGGUGCUGGUUACCCCACCGAGGUGCCUCACAGCCAACCGGACCCAGCAGGGUGUGCUCCUGUCCUGGCUCCCACCUGCCAACCACAGCUUCCCCAUCGACCGCUACAUCCUGGAGUUCCGCGUCGGAGAGCGCUGGGAGACGCUGGAUGACGCCAUUCCUGGCACUGAUGGGGACUUCUUUGCUAGGGACCUGUCCCAGGACACGUGGUACGAGUUCCGGGUCCUGGCUGUCAUGCAGGAUCUGAUCAGCGAGCCCAGCAACAUCGCCGGCGUCUCCAGCACAGACAUCUUCCCGCAGCCGGACCUGACCGAAGAUGGCCUGGCUCGGCCGGUACUGGCUGGAAUCGUGGCCACCAUAUGCUUCCUGGCUGCGGCCAUCCUGUUCAGCACCCUGGCCGCCUGCUUUGUCAACAGGCAGCGCAAGCGGAAGCUCAAGCGCAAGAAAGACCCUCCACUCUCCAUCACGCACUGCAGGAAGAGCCUGGAGUCUCCCUUGUCCUCCGGCAAGGUCAGCCCCGAGAGCAUCCGCACACUCCGCGCCCCGUCCGAGUCCUCCGACGACCAGGCCCAGCCGGCGGCCAAGAGGAUGCUGAGCCCCGUGCGGGAGAAGGAGCUGUCCUUGUACAAGAAGACCAAGAGGGCCAUCAGCAGCAAGAAGUACAGCGUGGCCAAGGCGGAGGCCGAGGCGGAGGCCACCACGCCCAUCGAGCUCAUCAGCAGGGGCCCCGACGGCCGCUUUGUGAUGGACCCCUCCGAGGUGGAACCCUCUGCGAAGGCUCGGCGCAUUGAGGGCUUCCCCUUUGCGGAGGAGACCGACAUGUACCCUGAGUUCCGCCAGUCGGACGAGGAGAAUGAAGACCCGCUGGUGCCCGCGUCUGUGGCCGCCCUCAAGUCCCAGCUGACCCCUCUGUCAUCCAGCCAGGAGUCUUACCUGCCACCACCAGCAUACAGCCCUCGGUUCCAGCCCCGCAGCCUGGAGGGCCCUGGCGGCCUGGAGGGCCGGCUCCAGGCCACUGGCCAAGCCAGGCCACCCGCUCCCCGGCCCUUCCACCACGGCCAGUAUUACGGGUACCUCAGCAGCAGCAGCCCUGGGGAGGUGGAGCCGCCGCCCUUCUACAUGCCGGAGGUGGGCAGCCCCCUGAGCUCUGUCAUGUCCUCGCCACCUCUGCACACCGAGGGGCCUUUCGGCCACCCCGCCAUCCCCGAGGAGAACGGAGAGAACGCUUCCAACAGCACGCUGCCCUUGACUCAGACGCCCACCGGCGGGCGCUCCCCAGAGCCCUGGGGCCGGCCGGAGUUCCCCUUUGGGGGACUGGAGACCCCGGCCGUGGUGUUCCCCCACCAGCUGCACCCGUGUGAUGUGGCUGAGAGUCUGCAGCCUGCAGCCGGCCUCCCCCGAGGACUGCCGCCCGCCUCCCUGCCGGUGCCCGCAGCCUACCCGGGCAUCCUGUCUUUGGAGGCGCCCAAGGGCUGGGCUGGCAAGGCGCCGAGCAGAGGCCCUGCCCCAGUGCCCCCCGCCGCCAAGUGGCAGGACAGGCCUGUGCAACCUCUGGUGAGCCAAGGGCAGCUGAGACACACCAGCCAAGGCAUGGGCAUACCCGUGUUGCCUUACCCCGAGCCGGCCGAGCCGGGGGCGCACGGCGGCCCCAGCGCGCUGGGCCUGGACACCCCGUGGUAUGAGCCUCAGCCCCGGCCCCGGCCCAGCCCCCGGCAGGCCAGGCGCGCCGAGCCCAGUUUACAUCAAGUGGUGCUACAGCCCUCCCGGCUCUCGCCUCUGACCCAGAGCCCCCUCGGCUCGCGCACCAGCUCCCCCGAGCUCGCCGCGCGGGCCCGGCCGCGCCCCGGCCUCCUGCAGCCGGCCGAGGUGUCGGAGACCGCCCUGCAGCCGCCGGCUGCCGUCAGCUUCUCGCGCAAGUCCACGCCGUCCACGGGCUCCCCGUCCCAGAGCAGCCGCAGCGGCAGCCCCAGCUACCGGCCCACCGUGGGCUUCACCACUCUGGCCACGGGCUACCCCUCCCCUCCGCCGGGCCCCGCAGGGCCUGUGGACCACUUGGAUGUGUUUGGACAGACGCCUUCCCCUCGGAGGGUGGGGGAGGAGCUGCUCAGACCGGAGCCGCCCCCGCCACCAUUACCUACCGCAGGGACACAUCCACCUGCUCCUGGGAAUGCUGCUGUACCUGAGAGGCUGGAGGCUCUGAAAUACCAACGGAUAAAGAAGCCCAAAAAGUCAUCCAAGGGCUCCUCGAAGUCAAAGAAACGAUCCGAUGGUUCUGCCUCCCAGGCUCAGAACCUUCCAAACUCUCAGGUCCUGUGGCCCGACGAAGCUGUCUGCCUCCGGAGGAAGAAGAGACAUUCCCGGCCCGACCCCUUUGCCCGACUCUCAGACUUGUGCCACCGCCAGCUUCCGGAAGACCAGACGGCAAUUCUCAGCAGCGUGGAGCACGAUGAUCCUGGCCACGCCACUUUGCUGUGAUGCCACAACUUAAGCGUCCCCUGGGCGAGGAUGCUGGCCGAGGGGCAAGGGUGGGCACGGGUGAUGGGUGUGCAGGGCUUCGUCCUCUCCUGCCAGUGGAGGGGUGGCCUGGUCGUUAGUUUCCAGGGCUGCUCAGACCCUGGUUCUGCUUGUUCUCCCUUUGGCCUGAGCGGGUGUCUCCUCUGCAUCCUGGCCUGCUGGCCUCGUGUCCAGCAGAGAGGGCUGAGGGCAGACUGGCCGCCGUGGCUGUGUGUAGAGCUCGGGAAGUGAACUGGGGACAGGGAGAGCUAUGCCUCCUCCCCCGCCUUCCCCUCUUCACUGGAUGGAUUUUUCCCACCUCCUCAAAUAUCUCUGGAGUGCAAAAGAGGAAGCAAUGGCUCUCACUGCUGUCUGCUUCUGUUCAGUUUCUCAAGUCCUGAAAGAGGGCUGGACUUCCUGCCAUCUUCCAGACUCUACAUAUAUAUAGAUAUAGAUGCAAAUGCGUAUGUGUGUAGUUUGUGGGUUUCUUUAUGUAUAUAUAUGUACGUGGAAGCAAAUGCUGUUUACUUCUGUGGUCAGUGGAAGGAGGAGGGAGAGGGCAGCUGGCAUGUGGGCUUUGUGAGGGGCUCGCGGGGGCCCUGGUGUCUCUAUCUCGGGAGUGAGUCCUUCUGAAGUGGGAUUCAUGCCUUCUCAGCUGAAUUCCCCGUUUGUCUUGACCUUCUCCCAUUCAGAGUGGAAGUAGGGGCUUGCCAUGGUUCCUGCUGCCUGCUUUGGGGGGUUCAGCAGUGAGUUACCACAGAACUAAACAUAGCCUUUAUUUCUUGGUUCUGGGUGAAGAAGGGUGGCUGGUGAACGGCCAGACAGGCAUCUCUCUUCGUUUCAUGGUUUGGCUCAGAAGUAGAAGCUGCUUAGCAGCGGGGCCGGGAGGUGGCCCUGUGCUCAGACUCAAGCUCAUCGUCAGCCCGUUGGUCCAGCCGGGCUUGGAGCCCUGUGGCCGAGGGCCUCCCGCUCUGGAGCCAUCUGUGCCGAGCACCAGGCGCCGUGGCUCUAUUUAUAUCCCAGCCUGGCUCCGCACCCUCUGGAGCGCUGUUCCAAAGCCCUGAUUGGAUUCCUCCUUUCCUUUUGUGGGAGCUAAUUCCCCAGAUUGAUUAAUUGCCACGUGUGGGGAGCCCGCCCGCGCUCCUCUCCAUGCUUCCCACGUGCAGCCCGCCGCAGACCUGAGCUCCCACAGGAUGGGAUCAGAUAAAGCUGGGGGGCCUCAGAUUCUGGGUUCUGGGGGUGCUCAGGCUCCUAUUCCCCCAGGUCUGUUUAUAUAGAACUGGCUGAGGCCUGGGAGUGAAGCUGGAAGGGGUGGGAGGCAGGAGCCAGGCUCCAUCCUUUCCCUGCCGAAUUCUUGUCCUAACUCAGACUCUUAGCACCCAGAAGCUUCUGCGAGGUCGUCUUACAGCGACUACAGAUUUAUCUCUCUCUUCCAGUAAGGUAACGGCGCUGCCCUCGACAGGGCAGAAGGCCUCAGUGUGGCUGGGGUGCGUCUGGCGUCCUUCUCCUCCUCUCGUGCAGGAGCCUGCUCUUCCGGCCACCCGAGAAUCGAGGGGGCUAUCAGGUUCCGCCAAGUACUUCCUUCUUGGUGCUGCUGUCUUGGUGGGUUUGGGGACAUCCCUUGUCCCCAGAUGCCUGCUUGGAUGUUGGCCCAGUCAAAGCACUGGAGACUUCUGUGGCUCUCAGCCCGGUGACCCAGGCGAGGCGGCCCGAGAGCAGGCAGCUGCACAUCCCGGGGAGCUUCCAUCCUAGGGGUGAAUCUGCUGCCACGCAGACCCGCCCCGUGCUUCCUUCUCUUGCCCAGCGAGUGGGGACCAAUUCCACCCUUGAGGCUCUGCCUCAGAGGUCACAAAAACCACAGUUUCUUUCCAAACGCAACACAUCGUGGAGAAAGGAGUGGGAGGGGCAGCACUUGUAGCCUCGCCGUGUCCACUGCCCAGCCCUCGGGUGGAACCUGCGCCAUCUGGCCAGUGCACUUCGCUGGGCACCAAGUCCAAGUCCAAGCCACCCUCCGGGCGGCAGCUCCAGCGAAGUAGCGACUCUGCUUCCUUCCUGAGGCAGCACUACCUCUGCCACCGUGCCCGACAGGGGACACAUGGGCACCUCCUCUGGGCCCUGGGGUCGGUUGUGGCCUUUGUGCGCACUCUCAUGGUGGCUGUUUCUCGAGCAGAGCAGAUCCUGCUGGACUGUACGUGGGACGUCAGGGCUGUGUGUCUUCAGGGUGAACUAGGCCACCCUUUCUGAGCCCCGUUCUGGGACUGUAGGCCCCGAGGUUACAACAGAAGAGGAGAUGGGGGAAGGCUCUGCUGCUUUACGGUGGCAUACAGGGCCCCGCCCUUGAGCCAUCCCCAGUGGUGACAAAGGUGCUGACUUCUUCCUUCCUUCCUUCCUUUCUCUGGCUGUGCCCUGUACCUCAGCAGAUAAGACCAAAUGGUUGGAGCUGUGCUUUUUGCUGGCCACUGGGUAGCAGCUGGGCUGGGUGUCCCCAAAGCUGGGGAAGGACAUAAGGCUGACCUAUCUCUCAACAGCUUCGGACUCAUUUCUCCUCCCAAGAGGGCUUCCUUCUUGUGACAGUGUGCAUGGAGACUGGCAGCCUUCCUGCACCUUGGGGAGCUGGUUCAGUACUUCCUGUAAGGAUUGCGAUGGAAACUGGCAGAAUACAGUUCCCUCUGUCCAUGAGAUGGAGACAGGGAUGUCACAGGCACACACUGAAGUGCUGAGUGUGAGCAUGUGCGAGAGGGUGUGCUCGUGAAUGUCUGCAUGGUGGGGUGCAGCCAUUUCUAAGGACCAGAUGUCCUUUGCGCUCUGCCCUUGAACAACUGCAGUGACGACUCUGAAGCUUCCUCUGACUUUCACGCUCCAGUCCAUGGGAGAUCAGGUGUCUUCCAAACUGCCCCUUGGAUGAUCUGGUAGCCUUGCAUAGAAGUAACCUGCCCCUUCGUCCUGCAUCUUGCCUGGAGACUGCAGCUGUUUCAGGUUAGGUGACUCGGAGCCCGGGGAAAGGGCAAAGUGAUGCCAUAAGCUGUUUAAUAAGGAAAGUGGGUUUCCUGUUUCUUGAUUCACUGGCUGACCAGCUGGGGUUGAGUGUGGGCCCCGCCCAGCACGCGGUGGUCAACUUUGUCUGUGAGCUCCCAGCCUGUCUCCCUCAGCUUUCCUCAGAGACACGGGUCUGAGAGGCCUUCUGAGACUCCGCUUUCUCCAGGGGAAGGAUGCUUCAUCCCACAGGGUGGGCGGGGUCUGCGCCCCCUUUGAGGAGGAGCCCAUGUCCCAUGGUCGUGUGCAGGGGCGAGUCUCAAGCAGGGGUGGACUGGAGUCAUUAUUAAUAUUUUUCAAUACUAUCUUUAUUUUUGAUUUGAGAUCUAAAAUAUUUGGGGUUAAACUGAUGUCACCUGUUUUCCUUUGCCCUUUUCAUGCAGAGGAAGCCUGGUAGGAUUAACAGGUGAAAUUUCCUGACUAGGGUUUGUUUUUUUUUUUAAAGGUUGACAAGAUAGCUUCAGGGAGGAAACAGACUUCACAGAGCAUCAGGGCGACUUUGUCACUCGCCAGGAUUAGAAUUCGGGGCCAAGGUGUGCAUAGCUGGAGCUGUUUCUUCCAAUUUUGUUAGAAAAAGCCUUUUGGUGGAUUGGGGUGGGCUGGGGGAAGGAACUGUACAUAAAGUACAUUUUAUUACUAUGUAGAGAAACAUAGGGAAAGAAAAGCUCAUAGUUAACCCGAGGCUUGCUUUGCUUGCGUGUGACAGAGCUUUCGGCGGGGGCAUCACAGGGAUUGUUGGGGAACAGCAGGAAGGUAGAGUUCCUGGGGGCUCCCCUGAGUUCGUCCCCCAGCCCCUCUGGGAAGCGGGCAUCCAUGGCUCAGUUCUACCUUUCUAUCUUCAAAAUAAAGGGAGGCUGGAGGCUUGGAGUCCCGUGGGUCUGCAUUGUUGCCUUGAGGAGAGGACCCAGCAGUGUUUUGGGAAGGGCGUUAGAAAGCUGGAGUGUGGAGAGGAGGUCGGCUUUCUGCCGCGUGUCUGUAAGGCCAGAAGGGGAGUAGACAGCCAGGUCGGCCCCGGAGUGGGAGGCGGGGAUGGAUGUGACAGUAAGACCAAAGCCAGGGACAUCAAGCUUACCUUUCUCUCUGGGCACAUGGUAACUUAGUUACUAUUCAGGGUGCCGUGUACAGGUUGGGCGUGGCCCCAGGAAGAGAAAGAGGAGAGGCUGCCCUGGGGUGGGGUGGAGGCAGUGAAGACCUUUGCGGGGGGCGAUGCAGUCAUUGAAAGAAGCCUGGGGGUGAGUCUUGGAUCCCGAAGGGGUCUUGCUUCUUGGCUGGGCGUCCUUGCUCCCUCUAGAGUCAGCCUGCGACGCUGAGUGCCCAAACCAAGCAUGGAUGUAUUCUCUGUGAUGCCAGUUUGUGGGGACUCCUCAGGCCCAAAGCUGGGAGACUUGUCUUGAGGUCCCUGUGCUACCAGCAGCUCUGUGUUAGUGGAGAAGGAAGAACUGUUAGGGAUUUGCAUCUGUUCUCAUAAGGAGAAGGGCAGCUGGCCUCUUCCAUGAUCUGAAACUGGUCCUGAGACAGUGUCGCUGGGGGUGGAGAGGAGGGACUGAGGCUGGGUUACACCUUUCCUCCUGAGGGGGCAAGACUGCUGCAGAUCACAGAGCUACACAGUGGCUGUGUUCCUACAGCUUUCGUCCUCACCUCUUUUCUUUUGUGAGAUGAAAGCUACCAGUCUGGUGGACGUAGGAGGGUGAAAGGGUUCACCCUGAAAUCAGACCAGCCAUUCCUCUGUCCUCUUUGAUGUCUCCAAAUCUGCCUCCUUUCACAUCAAGAGGCAGAAUUUAAAAAGUUGAUAAACCAAGGAUCAAUGCCCAGAUUGGACUUCAGCGCUUGAGCAACUCGAUGUUUGGUUAGGGGUGUCCAUUACCACCCCCUCUGACUGGCAGUGAAUCCACACUGGUCCAGUGCUUUAUUUCUGGGCCCCCUGUCUGUGCUUUCAAAUAAGUUUUUCAUGAGCAAGUAUAAUAUUUUGUUUGUUGGGUUACUGAGCGGGUAGAAGUGUUUCUAUGACCCAUUUUAAGCUAGAAGAAUAAAUCAAUAGGUUGACUCUUAUCCAAAGACAUUCCCACACCCCAAGGGUUUCUGUGUAGGAUGAGGAAAAGUGAGGCAUAAGUGCAAACAUCACUGCUGGCUGCCCAUACGUUCUAGAAGAGCUGGUGCAUCUUGACUGCUAAAUACUCUGGUAGAACAGCAGCCAUUAAUAAAAUCACUUGGACAGUCUCCUCCGUGGUGGGUCAGCAGUGGUAGUUAGGGUUUCCGAAGAAGGCUGAUGAAACAGUCAUUAGCUUCAGAUCACUGGCUGGGAGAGCUGGACUGGGGGGUUAGGGAGAAGUGGUACAAGUCCUCAGUUCCUGUCCCUGGUCCUUUGCCAUCUGUCCUUCCCAUCCCACUUGAUGGUGACAUGAAUGGCUGCUGGGCCUCUUCUUUUGGAGCUUGAAGAAAUAUGCUCUACCAAUCCCUCCCCUCCCUGGCACUGGAUUCCCCGUCUUUAUUGUAGGACCCAGGCCACACUCUCCCUUCCGCCCCAUAUACACACCAGUUACUUCCUUUUCCUUCCUAUCCCACUUCACGGCUCCAGGGAUCCUGACCUUGUGCAUGGUUUAUGAUGGGGAAGUGGUUGGGUGGGGAAGGGAAUCUGAGAGGGGAGAAGGUUUGGGCUGGGGAGGGGGGAUUUGCAUUUUCAGCCUCACAAACACUGCCAGCAUGCUUUUGAUGAUGUGCAACAUACGUAGAAGGAAGGGGCAAAUGCCGACUUUCCUCCUAUUGGUUGAUGAGGGCUUAGGGGCUUUUUGGUCCUUUUUGGCUUAUGGCAUCUAAGAGACCUUGCUUCUGGUGUGGGGAGUAGACCUCCUGACGGCCAUCUUGCAGUCUUUGGAAGGGAAAUUGUCAGUCUCAACGAAUAUGUCUAUUGCCUACUGCGAACCAAGAGGGGUCUGUUGUGAACAGACAGUGUCCAGGCUGGGGCAGAGAGGUGGGACUGUCUCACCUGUCUCUCUGCAGUCACCAGGCUAUCUCCCUGGUCUCUAGCCCCAGCCAGCUGUCUUGUCCAUGUUCCUUUCCUGGGCUCAGGAAGUGAGAGAGAGAGAGAGAGAUAGAGAGCGAGAGAGAGAGCGAGAGAGAGAGAGAGAGAGAGAGAGAGAGUCCCCGCACACAUGCAUGUGGUAUGUGACGUUUGCAUGGUGUGUGUGUGUGUGUGUGUGUGUGUGGUGUGGGGUGUGUGUGUGGUGUGGUGUGUAUGUGUGUGUACCUAUGCAUGUAGUAUGUGGUGUGGUGUGUGGUGUGUAUGGUAUGUUUGUGGUGUGGUGUGUAUGUGUGGUGUGUUUGUGGUAUGUAUUUGAGUGUGUAUAUAUGUAGAAGAGAUUUGUAGGGACACACUAAUUGGCCUGAGUAGCCUCAGGCCUAGGAGAUCCUCUUUUUGGUUGACUCUUUCUUUGCGAGGCAGCUCCUACUUUGGUAGGAGGGUGAAAUGAGUAAUAUACCACCUCUAGUGUAUUUUUUAUGGAGAUUGUAUAUAAAAUUAUAUAAAUAUAUAUAAUUUGUUCUAUUUCAAGGAGAGAGGGGAGCUUAUGUAAGGGGGGGCGGGUGCAGGGAUAGAAUGCAACAGUCAUGAUUGGGAGGCUUCAGGUAGUGGGACAUCUGGGGAGUGGGAAAUGGGAGGGCAAGAGACUAAAGCCGGGCGAGAGGAUCGGGGAUUCAUGCCCUCGGCACACAUAUAUAAAUGGACAGAAAGCCUAUAUAAAGUCUGUCUAUCUAGCUUGUCUAUAUAUCUAUAUGCAGUCAUAGUUGGCUUUAUUUUUGUACUUGUGCUUAGAGUUGUGUGGGCAGGACCACCUGGGGUGACCUGGGAUUCUAGCUCAUGCCUUGGUGCCCCCCCUUCACCGUACAUCCUCCAUGCCUCGUCUUUUGAGACACUCUCUGUUCAGAGUUGCUUGGGUCUUUCUGAUGGAAAUGUGUAUGUAAAAGUUAAAAAAAUAAAAAAACAAACAGUGCUCCCACAGAGAGGACAAGUGAGCCGAGGGUUGUGGGAAGCUACUGGAUCUGAUAGUCCUGGAGAGCCAGGAUCCACAGCGUCUCUUGUUACUGGGAGGAGACACUGCGGCUUGAAAGCUUUGGCACAGGUGCAUAAUAUAGUGAGUGUGGAGAGGGGAAGACUCUGAGUCCGUCCCCAUAUUGCUGGGGGUGGUACCCUCAUCGAGGUUACCUGGGGGCUGACAGCAGUACCUAUCCUGGUUUGCAGCACUUUGACGCAGCACCUCUGCAGGUGUUUGCAGCACUUUGACGCAAGCACCCCUGCAGGCAUCUCAGGAGAGUUCUGUGAGGCCUUUGGCAUGGGCUUGGUCUUGGAGAAGAACACCCUGGUCAUUCUUGCUGCAGGUUCUUGGAACCAGUGUGGGUGUAGUGUCUGGUAUAAAUACAUCAUAGACGCUUUUUCCAGUUAUUAUUUUAAUUGGAAAAUAGGUGGCAUUGGAAACAGAAUGGUCCAAUCCUGGGACACUGAGUGGAGGAGGAGAAGUGGGAGGAGAACCUGGGGCGUAAUGGGGAGGAUGGGGCCGCUGGACCCUCCUUCUGGCACCUGGCCUGGGACUUCCGGAACUGAACAAUGUAUCAGUAGAGUCUGACCCAGAACUGGAGAUUCUGGGGAGUAGGCACUCAAUGGCACUUCAGCAAGAAACUUUGUGUGCCCUGAAGAAUACCUCGCUGAGAACUCAAGACCUCAAAUAUGCUGCAAGGACCACGUACCCUGCAGCCUCAGCAGUCGUCUCUGGGUGCUAGCUUUUUUGUCGACUUGCCAAGAGCUCAGAGUGAUGUGUUUGAAGCUGGUGCAGGGCCAAAUGGUGCAGACAGCCAGGAGAGACCUGUGGAGGCAGUCUCUCUGCCCACACCCUGCUGGUCAACUAAAAAAAUGCAAUACUAACCCCUCCUCCCCAACUAGAGUGUCAUGCUAGCCAAGGGCUUUUGUCUUAUGGAGUCUGGUCAUUAGAGGAAUUCAGAUACCUCAGCCAUGGGAAGGGCAUUUUUUUACAUUUGGGAUAUUAAUGGGAAGAGUAGGUAGGGGUGGAGCUUGAGUUUGACUCCUGACCCUUCUCCCACCAUACUGUAGACUUAAGGGACCCUGGCAUUCACUCAGGCACUGUCCUUAGUCCCUUGCAUUCCUGCUCAAGACAUUCUCAUUUCCCAAGGAUACUGAAGGAAAAUGGGCUCUGUCCAUGCAAUACCAGGGGAGCUCCAAUACUGGGUCCCACUGGCUGUGUGUCCAUCCUUGGCAGGUAACUAAUCUUUCCUGCAGUCUUCUCAGGAGGCCAAAGGAGGAUAUGGCCAGAUGUUUCUUGUAAGAUUUUUCAGGGAGGUUGAACAAGAGGAAAAGCAGCACAUUCUAUGUCCCUUCCCGGCUUGCACCCUUUUCCAACCUGCCAAAAACUCCACACCAAGAGGGCUUUCCAUUACUGUUUUUUUUUUUUAGCUCUUAGAGCGAUCCUCUCUUUCUCCACAGACCCUGUCCCACUUCUGGUACCAUGCAACCAGCGAAACAAAUCACCUCGGCAUCACAGGCCCCUCAGAGGGUCAGUACCCCACUGGGUCUGGGGUUACUCUCAAACUCUUGCUUCUUUCCAUAUGAAAGCCUAGAUGUGGUCCUUAGCAUCAAGGAGUCACUGACCUGUGCAUUCCCAUCCCAUCCCUCUACCUCCAAUUGGAGUCUUCAUUUAUGGGAAGAAAAGUGAAGACAAGGGACAUGGCCCUACCUUGAGAUUUCAGAGCUUGGAAGGGAUGUGAUGUUUAUCUCUACCUGGUCUGUGAUCCUGGCCCUGAGCCUCAGAAAGAUGGCGAAACGGUAGACAUUGGCGGGGAAAGGAUAGAUAGCCCAGCCGAGAUCUCCAGUUUCUCUGAAGAACCAGCCUUUCACAAAGGCAGGUGGGGCAAAACGGAUUGAGAUUUGAUUAUAUGUGGAGUAAGCAAAGUUUUCUGUCUUUGAAUCUCUCAGUUGCUAAGACAGGCGGGUGGCAUGGGUGCUCUGGUUAGGUCUUUGGGGGCUGGAGCCGCGCGCCGGCCCACGUGCUCGUGCCGUACUCCUCGGUCCCCAUGUGGUGGAAGGGAUACUGAAUGUUGGUGCUUCUCCCUCUUGGUAGGUGGUGGGGGCAUCUACAGAGUUGUUUUAGUUUUGCUACCUCUGUCCGCUCUAUGGAACAGGGUUUGCAGUAGACAGAUGCACUGGGCGUUGCUCACCCAGGGAUCAGCGUGGGCUGUAUCCUUUCUCCUUGGUCAUCGAGUAGUAGCUUGGGGAAGCGGGGUUUGCCCAUUGCCCUCUGGCCCUUCCGCUCCUCUUUGCUGUAGGUAUUCAUGCUGACCCACUUUGGGCAACGUCAAGGCAGAAGGUGGGAGAACAGGAGAACCCACACAGCACAUUCCCUGUCCCUGAGGGUCUGGCCCCGGUGUUGGCACGUAGGGGUCUCUUCUGUGCCGCCAUGCCCUGGGCCUGGGAGGGGUCACUGUGUGCAGGGGUCUUGAUUGCUGGGACUUUAGAUGGAAUGGCUGGUUUAGGGAAGAAUAGCAGUUUAAAGCCCCCCUUGCCAAGUCGUAUACAUCAGUCUCCAGAGGUCUUAAUGCCUCGUUCAGAUUUCAUUUCCGAACCGUCAUCUGCGGGGCCAGAGGUAGGGGUGCAGGUGGGUGUGCGCUCACCAGUUGCUCCUCCUUUUCACAGCCGCUGAUCCGAAGGGACUCUGUCGGCUUCAUGUCAGUGAUGCCCGGUUCCUCUCGUCUCCAGCUUUUUCUCUUUCACCAGGAGAGACUCUAUCACCCUGGGUAUGAUACUUCCAUUGCGCACCUGGAAACGUGUGUGGAUUUCUUUUCCUCAUUUCACCCAGUGGCUUGUAGACACGGAGGGGGGCGGGGCGGGGUCCCGUGGCCACCUCACCACACCCCAACAGCCCUGCGCCUCUGUCUGCCCGGGGCCUCUUGCAUUAGUUCUUUUCUGAGGAAUCUGGGUAUGACUCUCGGUUUGGUCAUGGGAGUUCCUGCUCUCAUAGCAAACGCUUUUUCCUUCUUCAGCUUUCUUUGGGGGUUGCCCCCAUCCAUGCCAGGUCUUCUUGUGAAGAUCCUUCAAACCUCGUUUCCAUUUCUUGAAUGUUGAGUACUACAACGUAACUGCGCUAGGGUGCUUUAUGGUGCUGUUCUUGAAGAGGCCAGCUGGGCUGAACCUCCUUCGUCCAACUGGUUCCUUAAAUCUUGCUGUAUUUUGUCCUCUAUUUGAUUUUUCCCCUGGGGGUUUGGGGUGGGAGACGUAGGGGUGGCUUUUGUGUUCUCACUCUCUCUCUCUUUUCUGUAUGUAUGCAGUGGAAAAAGUCAGUUAUCAUGGGCAGCUGACUUCAUGGUAUUGGUUGGCUGACUUUGGUUAACCAUUAAAGACAAACCAACAAAUUGUACAGAUGCACACAGAACACCUUUGAGUGUGAAUCUGAAUGGCAACUAGAGGCUUACUUUUUGAACUUCAGGUAUGUAACUCAAAAGUAAAUAAAAACACUAUUUUUUCAGUAAGCUUUUUUUUU